CGCCUUGACUGUAGAAUCAGCGCUUUUCUGACCGCCUGAUUAACUUAAAGACCUCCUGCUUUUUGUUCCUGUUUUCCGGUCUAGUCCUUUCCUUCCAGUCCGGUCUGCUCAGAGCGUCCCCGGCCUUCCCCCGUCCCUGCGCAGCCACAGCAUCGCUCCAGCCCAGCCACCAACGUGCCUUUCUUUAUCCAUCCUAAUGAAAUCCAAAGCCCUUCCGCUCGACGCGGUACCAGAUGAAAAUCACCUUAGCCCUGGGGCGCUGAUGCUGACAGGGGCGCUGGUGCUUGCGGGCCUCUUCUCCAUCGUCUACUUUGUAAGCGAAGGGAGCCGCUUCCAGGACCCUCUUUUCUGCGUGUUUGUGGUGUUCUCCUUCACCUCCGUCAUCGACCUGAUCAUCUCGCUGGAGGAGGAUGGCUACAUUUCUGGCUUCAUGGAGAUCUACGUGAGGGAGGGCGAGCCGUACCUGCGCACGGCACACGGCAUCAUGAUCUGUUACUGGGACGGCAUCAUCCACUACGGUCUCUACCUCGCCAUGAUCGCAGCCAUGAGCCAAAGAAAGAGCUACAGGAACCUGGGUCUCUUCUGGCUGGGCUCUCUGAUGAUGAGCAUCGUCGUGUUCCUGCUUGGGAACCUGAUAGGGAAGUACAGCUCCGAUAUCAGCCCGGCCUUCCUGCUCAACAUGCCCUAUGUCCUGAUCCCCAUCUGGGCUGGGGUGAGGCUCUUCCACCAGCCCAAGGCUCUGCCGGGCCUCACUGCUGAUAAGAUUGCCGAGGAACAGCACAAGGGUCUGCAUCAGCGGCCCCAGGACUUGGGCCUCGUCCUGUUCUUGAUCCUAGCUGCAGCUUUCACCUUCUUCAGAGGGUUGGUGAGUGCUGGGGCCCGGCACCAGCACUGGAUGCUCGGGCAACGGUGGGUUUGCUGGUGUGCAUCAUCACCACCACCUGUCGCCGCCGCCCGGCGGGAGCCAUACCUGCGUGACCCCGUUGCCUACCCAAAAGUGCAGGUGAGCGCGGACGGGGCUGCCCCCGGCGGAGGGGAGGGUUACCCCGCUGGACCCCACGGCGACGGAGCCCGGCCCUAG